CUACCGUAACUAAAUAAAGAUGAUGUGGUAAUUUGUUCCUGGCUCCUGAAUGUAGACUCACUUUGUAUUUUACUGCUCACUUUGCUUACAGAUGCAAACAGAUUCCCAGUAACAAGCAUCAAGCAGCCGAGAUGGUGUCAAAAAAUGAACACUGGCCGUACCAAAGGCUACGAAGCAGAUGUUGGGAAAAGAACGACUCAUCAUGUCAUGUAUCCAGAGAGCGCCGUGGACUUGGACAACACCACUCAUCUUGUGUUGGUUCCAUUCAAGAUACAGGACCUGGAGUGGCUCAUUAAAGCCUUCACUACGGGGUUUUCUGGAGCGUUGUGAUACACCUGCAGGAGUUAUUAAUGUACACGGAUUCCUGUCUCCGUUUGAACUGUCUCUGUCAAACUGUGGAGCAGGAGGAAGACUUGGAAGCCACACCUUUCUAUUUUUAAAUCCUCUCCACUGAAAGUUUGGCAUUACCUGCCAUCAACUUCACUGGUGUGAACACUGGCCAAAUAUAAGUGGACUAUAAGAGGAUUUACUCCCAUCAGAUGCAAACAGAUUCCCAGUAACAAGCAUCAAGCAGCCGAGAUGGUGUCAAAAGUGAGGGUGUUCAUUUUGCUGCUCUGCGUCGGUGUCUUUGUGGUUUUGAGGGAACGUGUGGCGGAAGUGUCUUUGGAGAAUUUCUCCCCUUUCCACAACACAAGCCCCUGUGCCUGUGGGAAAUGUUUAUCAGAGGAUGAUGUGUGGUUCAUGCAGCGUUUCAACAAAUCUGUUGAGCCAUUUUUGUCAGCAAAGCACAGUCUCUCUGAGGCGGCGUUCAGGUGGUGGAAAGGCAUACAGCUUGAAAAACGCAACUUCAUUUACUACAGUGCAACAGUGGACAACCUGUUUAAGACGUUCCCAGCCACUCCAGAUGUAGAGGCCAGCUCUGACCGCUGCAGGACUUGUGCUGUGGUGGGGAACUCUGGUAAUUUGAAUGGAUCACGUUAUGGACCUCUGAUAGACUUCCAUGAUGUUAUCAUAAGAAUCAACAGUGGCCGUACCAAAGGCUACGAAGCAGAUGUUGGGAAAAGAACGACUCAUCAUGUCAUGUAUCCAGAGAGCGCCGUGGACUUGGACAACACCACUCAUCUUGUGUUGGUUCCAUUCAAGAUACAGGACCUGGAGUGGCUCAUUAAAGCCUUCACUACGGGGUUUUCUGGAGCGUCCUACAUGCCAGUAAAAUCACACAUCAAAGCCAACAAGGACUUGGUGAUGGUGGUCAAUCCAGCUUUCAUGAGGUAUGUUCACGACACAUGGCUGGAAAAAAAGGGCAGGUAUCCGUCCACUGGCUUCAUGGCUUUGGUCCUCGCCCUGCACAUUUGUGACGAGGUCAGUGUGUUCGGCUAUGGAGUGGACAAAGAUGGAAACUGGAGUCAUUACUUUGAAAUACUCAAAAACAAACACCUGAGAACUGGACCUCAUGCUGGAACGCAUGAAUAUGACGUUAUUCAGCAACUACACAAAAAUCAGAUAAUCCAUUUUUUUAAAGGAUGGUAAUUUUUUGUUUCUCUUUUUGUUUGUGUCUCUUUCUAUUUAUGUCAAUUGCAUUAACAUGAGCAGCACUGUGUACUUUAACCAGUGUGCGAAUUAUACCAUGGCGUUACAUACUGUAUAUAUGUGUAUAUCGCCAUCAUGCAUGAAUGGUACAUUGGCAUAGACUCAUUUUACACAUCAUCCACAUUGGUGAAGAUAUGAAAAAAUAAAAAAUGCAUGGCAAAGUAACAUUGUUAAUAUUUUUAGAGAGCAUUUUGUGAACUUCAGUUUGGUUAUUGUAUCAGUUGACUCCUUUUUUUUUUAUCUCCUCGCUGCGAUCCUCGACCGCAGUGGCAAAUAGGUUUUGUUGAAAAUGUAAUCUCUGGCUGGAUUAUGUUCAGAGGCAGAGUAUUUUAUUAAGGAAUAAGAGUCAAGGUUAGGGAAAGGUCAUGGUUUGUUUGUAGUUUCUGAAUUAUAGUGUAUUAUUAUAAAGUAAUAUUUCAAUCAGGAGAGAAUUCAUUCUGAAUCGACAAAUAAACUUGUGUUGCGAGAGGAAAAGUGAGAGAUGUGAGAGUCUUUGGCGACUAGACCCCAUCGUGAUGUCAUGAUAUGUGAAAAGGGGAUGAGGCUGUGUGAAGUAUAGGAAACCCCCCGGGGUCUAGACACUGGUGGUGGUGGGAAGAAGAGAAGCUGGAGUUCUGGGUGUGAUGAGGACUCUGAUGAGCUCGACCUGGCACUGGAUAUAAAGACUGGAGGUGGAUGGGGUGGAGGAGGGUCGCAGCAAUAUGAACUGACAGCUGCCAGCGGAAGAGGGCAGAAUGGAUUUUAAAGUUUGACAGUGACAACGCAACGACCGGCUGGUUUAGGUUGUGGCGAAAUACGAUUUGGUUACUGGAAACACCUGAAGUAAGCCGAUUACAAUAAGUGGGGUGAGAGAAGGAAAAAGAAUUGUGAAUGAAAAUGACAAAGUUAGUCUUCUUGAUUGAACUUGAUCAAAACAAGCUUCAUUUAAUACUUUGGAUAAUGUACACUCUCCUUUAAUGUGGAAUUAUAUUUGUGGAAUAUGCUGGGGGAUUUUUUCUCUUCCCCCAUAUGUUUUACUUUUUCUAGUUUGACUUUAAUAGGACACCUGUACGCAGCCAAUCAUGUGACAGCUGUGCAAUGCAUGACAUGUGUCAAGGCAACAGAGAACAUUCAGAAUGGUAUGAGAAGAGAGGUCGGAGGAGAACGACCAGGCUGGUUGGAGCUGACAGAAACUGGCGUCAACAGCAUGAAUCCAUGGACACACCUUGUGUCAACAAUCCAGGCUGGUGGUGGUGUAAUGUUCUUGGGAAUAUUUUUCUUGGCACACUUCAGGCCAUUUUAUUACCAAUCAAUCGCGGCUCGAAUGCCGCAUCCUGUUUGAUUGUUGUUGCUGGCCAAUGCGAGUUAAACAAACAAAAUGUGUCAGAUUAAUAUAUUAGCGGCUGCUAAUUAGCUUAAUUUAGGUGUGUCAUGCCCUUAGGCAUGUACUGUGCCAGGAACUCAGAUUUUUAUGCUUUGCCAUAUUUUGUAAAAAAAUUAAUAAAACUCUUGACAUUGAUGGGCACACAACCAGACUGUAACUUAUGGGACUGGUUUCACUAGAGGGGCGAGGCAUUCAAACUGCUCCCUGGGAGGAAACUAAAGUUGUUAAACAGGGAAUUCAUAACAGUGAUGGCUUUUUGUUGUUUGGAUAUUGACAAAUUUAAAUGUUCCUUACAGCUUUAUUCAGACACAACAGGACAUUUAUGGAAAGGGCUGCAUGUGUGCAGUCUAUUUAGCAUCAGGCGUCUGGUGGCUUUUAAACUUAUUUUGGCCUGGAAGCCUUAAUUUCUCUAGUGAUUCUCUGAUGAAUCCCUAAACGAAUUACCUCAUUAAUUUCAUCAUUUAUUAGGAAAUUCUGCUGCCUGCUUUAUAAUGUCUGACACAAGGAAAGAAUGACCAAAUAUUAAGGUAUUAACUAUUAGAUCUUUCCUAACGUGUGUGCAUACAGAAAGUGCUGUUAGUUGUUGACUUGGUUAAGGGGGUUUGAUCAACAUGUCUGUUAUAGAAAUAAGCAAAAAAGUAACACACACAACAAAUCAAACUACUGAACAAUAACAAAAGACAGGAGAUGGAUAAGGGCGGCCACCAUCAUAUAACUCUUUUCUACUUUAAUUUUAAUUUAAUGAUCUGUAACCUGCAGAUUACCAUAACCUGAACCAUUUGAGAUCUUAUUGGGAGAACUGCUGUGCCUCUCCGCUGUAUUUCACAAACAGGGAAGUAUGUGAUGUACAUCCUUGAAAAGGCAACAGCAGGACAUCCUCAUUUUCACACAGUGUCCAAAAUGCACACUCCAUUGUUUAAAGUUUAAAAUGUGCUUGCUGUUGUGCACAUAUUGGAGAACUAUUUCUCCAUUUACAGACAUCAACUGCAACAGUCACAGUGACCAUAUUUAAAUUAAAAUUGUUGUUUUUCUUGCUGUUAUAAUUCCUCCUUUUCAUGCAGGCUAUUAUCUAUUUUUUUUAUUGUCAUUAUCUAUGCAGAAAUGAAUUCUAAAGUUCAGCAGAAGCUAUUAUGAGACUCCACCAGCCUGAAAUAAUCAAAUCAAAUGGAUAUCUUCCAAAGUGACCGUCUGUGUGCUUUUGUACAAUACUCCCUCUUUUUGGUUACCUGGGGUUUCUUUGCUGAGCUGCCGUAACACAAUGAAGAUAUUUUGUACAAUAAAGACUUGAUUUGUCAAUCUCA